AUGGAGGUGGGUGGUCAUAAUGGGGACAAUCUAAUGUGGGUAUGGAGAACUAAAACCAGUGAAAGAAUCAGAUUUUUUAUUUGGUUGUCCUACCUUGACAAACUUAAUACGAAUGAAGUUAGAUGCAUGAAGAACAUGACUCAGAAUGCGAACUGCAAAGAUUGUCGAGAUGAUACAGAGUCAAUUAAUCACAUAUUCCGGAUGUGUCGAGCAGCAAAUUUCGUUUGGGAAGAACUACAAGUGAAGGAGCAGGACAACCAAUUUACUUCGUUGGAGUUUAAGAGGGAUCUGGAGAAGUCUCUGUCAAAUGCACAUAAAAGGAUGGUUCAAGAUCCUUGCUUGAUUAAAUGGAAAAAACCUCCUGAGGGAGUAUGGAUUCUUAAUACUGAUGGUGUGUAUAAAUUGAAUUCAGGCAUGGCUGCUGUAGGUGGUUUAAUCCGGGACAGUAAUGGUGACUGGAUUGCGGGGUUCAUGUUGAGAUUAGGGAGGGUUAAUAGUUCGAUUGCGGAAAUUUGGGGGGCUCGUCAGGGUCUCAAUUUAGCUAAAAGUCUUGGUUCAAGAAAUAUGGUACUAGAAAUGGAUGCUAAAUGGAUUGUGGAUCUAUUUAAUGGAGACAAGAAUGAAGAUUUUCUAGAAUUUCAGUUGUUACUGACUGUUUAG